CCGGAUCGUGCCUCCUCGGCUCCCAAUCCAAAUCCCCACCAACGCAGAGGAGAGGAGAGAGAAGCUUCGAGAAGAAGAAGCGGUUGCGGCGGCGAGGUCGAUGUCGACGACGGCGGGGUACCUGGCGCGGCGCGCGGGGCAGAAGGAGCGGGUGCGGCUGCUCUACCGCCGCGCGCUCAAGGACACCCUCAACUGGGCCGUCCACCGCCACCUCUUCUACCAGGACGCGUCUGAUCUCAGGGACAAGUUCGAGGCCAAUAGAAAUGUGGAGAACCUGGACGUGAUCGAUAGGCUUAUCGAUGACGCGGAAGCACAGCAGAGGAACUUCCAGCACCCAGAUCCUUACAUCGUUCCAUGGGCUCCUGGUGGCACCAAAUUCACAAGGAACCCUCCUCCACCUGAAGGGAUUGAGAUUAUCUACAACUAUGGCAAAGAAGACUGAUGAACAGGAGUUUCUGCAUUUUCAAGAAAGAGCUUGCUUUCCCUUUUCGAGAUGAUAACAUGCAACUGCUGUAUGAGUAAUAAGAACAAAACAAAUUUACUUGCAUCCUUCUGUGAGUUUGUUUUACCAUGGAUGUUGUAUGCAAUUAUUCUGUGCUCGUCAGCUAGUUCAUGAAAAAAUUGUGCAAAUUAUUAUUUAACAUGUGUUAUACUUAUUUCUCUAUUAACUAAUCACAACUAUCAACCUGGUGCUUUA